GUUUAAUCCUACUGUGCCUCAUUGUUCUCUAGCGACCUUAAUUGGACUGUGCAUUAGAAUAAAGAUACAGAGAUCUCUUCAUCAUCCAGUAAAGCUAGAUAUUUAUAUUAAAAAAGGUGCACACACUACAGAAGAUGAAAUCAACAAGCAGAUCAAUGACAAGGAGAGAAUUGCUGCUGCAAUGGAGAAUCCUAAUCUGCGGAACCUUGUAGAGAGUUGCAUUGCUGAUGAAGAAUAGUUAUUCCUUAGCAUAGUUUUAUUUAACAAUAUGGCACCCGACGCGGCAUUUUCAAAUAUAGGCGAUAAGAAUGAAUUUACUAAGUUUACCAAAUUUCUUGCCUACAAAGGCGUGCAGGUCAUUGUUGAAUCACGGAAAGGGGUUAAAAUUGAUGCAAAUACAAAACAACAGUCAACUGACACAGACUGGUUCAAUCUCCAAAUACCAGACUCACCUGAAGUUAAUCAAGCUACUAAAAAUGCUUUGCCAUCAGAUAAAAUACUAGAAACUAUUAGAUCUCACUUAAACAUAGAAAUAUCUGUACAAACUGAGGAUGGAGAUGAAAUGGUGCUUGAAUUAUGGACAUUAGGACUAGACGAGACACAAUUUGAUUCAUCUUUAAAAGCAAUGAACACAGUUUACUUCAGAAUGGGAAUCCUAUUGAAAUCUCUUAUCACAAUAACUAGAAUCACUCCAGCAUAUCACUUAUCACGAAAGCAGCGAACAGAGUCAUUUACAAUUUUCUACAGGGUUUAUAGCGGUGAGCCCAAGGUAAAGGCAUUAGGCGAGUCAGUUAAAAAAAUUCAAGCUGGUAUGCUGAAAACACCUCUAGGAGGAUUAGGUUUCACUGUUUCAUAUAGAACAAACUUCUCCAUAUCACCUAAUAGGUCUGAAAAGAACAAAGCACUUUUACUCAAGAGUGACCAUUUUGAAUUAAGUCCAAAACAUAUUAUUUUUGAAACAAAGAAAAAAAAGGAACCUAUAUCUCCACAACCAAUUGACCUAAACAAACCUCUUCGCCUAGCGGCAUUUGUUGAUGAAUAUCUUGUCGAAGAAGUAGUAAAGGAGUUUUUCAAAAAGUUUCCUGUACCCAAAUGUCGGGCACCGAAAUUUGAAAUGGUAGAGGAUGAAACAACAAUUUGUAAAAGCACCCAAGAGCUGGAUAUGAGUGUCAUCUCAAAAAGCCCGACGUCGCUUGAAAUGCCACCGAAAAAGUUUCCAGGAUUUAGAAGUGAAACUGAACCACCAUUGAAAUUGUUGUGUUUUCCCUUUGCAGACAACCAUCCAAUACGAGAGCUGGCUGAAUUUUACAAAGAUUUUUUUAAUGCGCCACAUUUAAAGUUAUCCGAUUAUGAUACAGCAUUCAAAGAAAAAAAGCUUGAAAUGACAACUGAAGAUUUUUCUGAAGAUCUACUAAAACAUGAGAGUUCAUUAAUAGAAUUUGAUCAAUUGGUAGAUGAUAUGUGCCGGUCGGCAGAGUGGAGCGGGAAUUAAUGGUGAAAGACUGAAUAAUUGUGGGAUUUUGAAUAAAGUUAUAUUGUU